UUGCCCGUUAAAUACACUCAUUUUAGAGAGGCGCAAGGAUAACCGCAACCCUAAACCUUGGCCGCCGCUCUCUCUUGUACUUCUCCCAUUUUGCUUUCGCUCUUUCAGCUUUGAACGAAUUUCUCUGGGAAAUAAAGGCUAGUCAAGAUGGUGAAGUUCACAGCUGAAGAGCUCCGUCGUAUUAUGGACUACAAACACAACAUUCGUAACAUGUCUGUGAUAGCUCACGUCGAUCACGGAAAAUCAACUCUCACUGAUUCUCUGGUUGCUGCCGCUGGAAUUAUUGCCCAAGAAGUGGCAGGGGAUGUCCGUAUGACUGAUACCCGAGCAGAUGAAGCUGAGCGUGGUAUUACAAUAAAGUCUACUGGUAUCUCUCUCUACUAUGAAAUGAGUGAUGAGGCCCUCAAGAAUUACAAGGGAGAACGCCAAGGAAAUGAGUAUCUCAUAAAUCUCAUCGAUUCACCCGGGCACGUUGAUUUCUCAUCGGAGGUUACUGCUGCGCUCCGUAUUACUGAUGGAGCACUAGUGGUGGUGGAUUGUAUUGAAGGUGUCUGUGUGCAAACUGAAACUGUGCUACGACAGGCUCUUGGAGAAAGGAUCAGACCUGUUCUGACUGUAAACAAGAUGGACAGAUGCUUCCUGGAGCUCCAGGUUGAUGGAGAGGAGGCUUACCAAACAUUCUCAAGAGUUAUUGAGAAUGCCAAUGUGAUCAUGGCUACAUAUGAGGAUCCGUUGCUUGGUGAUUGCCAGGUGUACCCAGAGAAAGGAACGGUUGCUUUCUCUGCUGGUUUGCACGGUUGGGCUUUUACCUUGACAAACUUCGCAAAAAUGUAUGCCUCAAAAUUCGGCGUUGAUGAAUCAAAGAUGAUGGAAAGGCUCUGGGGUGAAAACUUCUUUGAUCCUGCGACAAAGAAAUGGACCAGCAAGAACACCGGUACUGCCACAUGCAAGCGUGGGUUUGUACAGUUCUGUUAUGAGCCCAUCAAGCAGAUCAUCAACACUUGUAUGAAUGAUCAGAAGGAUAAGCUCUGGCCUAUGUUGCAGAAGUUAGCAGUCACCAUGAAAUCUGAUGAAAAGGACUUGAUGGGCAAAGCAUUGAUGAAACGUGUCAUGCAAACAUGGCUUCCAGCAAGUACUGCACUCUUGGAAAUGAUGAUAUUUCAUCUUCCAUCUCCAGCUAAGGCCCAAAAGUAUCGUGUUGAGAAUUUGUAUGAGGGUCCCCUCGAUGAUCAAUAUGCUGCUGCUAUUAGAGCCUGUGAUCCUGAGGGUCCACUUAUGCUUUAUGUCUCUAAGAUGAUUCCUGCUUCUGACAAGGGUCGGUUCUUUGCUUUUGGUCGUGUUUUCUCUGGGAGAGUGUCAACUGGUCUGAAGGUCAGAAUUAUGGGACCAAAUUAUGUUCCUGGUGAGAAGAAAGACCUGUAUGUUAAAAGUGUGCAAAGGACCGUCAUUUGGAUGGGAAAGAGGCAAGAAACAGUGGAGGAUGUUCCUUGUGGUAACACAGUUGCCAUGGUUGGUUUGGAUCAAUUUAUCACCAAGAAUGCCACAUUGACAAAUGAGAAGGAAGUUGAUGCCCACCCGAUUCGAGCCAUGAAGUUUUCUGUCUCACCUGUCGUGCGUGUUGCUGUUCAGUGUAAGGUUGCAUCUGAUCUUCCUAAGCUUGUUGAGGGUCUCAAGAGGUUGGCCAAAUCUGAUCCUAUGGUUCUCUGUACUAUUGAGGAAUCUGGAGAGCACAUUGUUGCUGGUGCUGGGGAGCUUCACUUGGAAAUUUGCUUGAAGGACUUGCAAGAAGAUUUCAUGGGAGGAGCUGAGAUUAUCAAAUCUGACCCUGUUGUGUCUUUCCGCGAGACUGUUCUUGAGAGGUCAUGCCGCACUGUGAUGAGCAAGUCACCCAACAAGCACAACCGUCUCUACAUGGAAGCUAGGCCAAUGGAGGAUGGUCUUGCAGAGGCCAUUGAUGAUGGCAAGAUUGGUCCGAGGGAUGACCCCAAAGUUCGUUCCAAGAUCUUGUCUGAAGAGUACGGUUGGGACAAGGAUCUUGCCAAGAAAAUCUGGUGUUUUGGCCCCGAGACAACUGGACCCAACAUGGUUGUUGAUAUGUGUAAGGGAGUCCAGUACUUGAAUGAAAUCAAGGACUCUGUGGUUGCUGGUUUCCAAUGGGCAUCAAAGGAAGGUGCUCUUGCUGAAGAAAACAUGAGAGCUAUCUGCUUCGAAGUCUGCGAUGUAGUCCUCCACGCUGAUGCUAUCCACAGAGGUGGUGGUCAGAUUAUCCCCACUGCCAGGAGAGUCUUCUAUGCUUCCCAGUUGACUGCCAAGCCCAGGCUUCUUGAGCCUGUCUACUUGGUUGAAAUCCAAGCUCCUGAGCAGGCUCUUGGUGGUAUUUACAGUGUUCUGAACCAGAAGCGUGGACACGUGUUUGAGGAAAUGCAGAGGCCCGGGACUCCACUCUACAACAUCAAGGCUUACCUCCCUGUCAUUGAGUCCUUUGGAUUCUCCAGCACCUUGAGAGCCGCAACUUCCGGUCAAGCUUUCCCACAAUGUGUAUUUGAUCACUGGGACAUGAUGUCUUCAGAUCCAUUGGAGUCUGGAUCACAGGCUGCACAGCUUGUUAUGGAUAUCCGUAAGAGGAAAGGUUUGAAGGAGCAAAUGACGCCUCUAUCCGAGUACGAGGACAAGCUUUAAAUUGUUUCCUGCUGUUCUAUUUUAUGGUAUUAGGUAAGUUUUUGAUGGUGUAAAAUUGUUAUCUGAAUAGUUUACAAGUUCCAUUAUCUUGAAUUUUGUUAGUCUGGUUUUGCUCCCUGGGUUGUUGUACUUGGAAUUAUUUGUCUCUGCAUUGAUGUAUAUCUGAUAUAUAAGAUUGCAUCGAUAUUUGUCAUAUUAUUUCUUGAGAAUUUUGCUUAAAA